AUGACAAGAAAGAGAGGGGUGGUAAUAUUUACUCCUAUUUUCCGUUUCUCUAAUCAAGGAAUUAGUAGUAAUGAAUCAAUUACUACAAGUUAAAGAUUCUUAUAAAAAAAUUAAUUAAUUAGUUUUAAAGUUAAAAUGGGAAAGUGUUAAAAAAGAGAGAGAAGCGUGGAAAAAAAUAUGAAAAGACACAUAAUUUUAAGGAAAAAAAAAACGGAAUAAAACAAAAGAUGCAAUGCUUAGUAUUACCCUUGAGUGGGUUCCCAUCUUCAAAGUUAGAAAAAAAAAAGUAGAGAGUAGUGAGAGGAGAGGAGGGAGUGGUCAUUUGGAAUUUAGGGGGGUAUACCAAAGCAACUUCACUCCAUUUUCAGUGUUCUAGGAAGUUUUUUUUGAGGGUUUUUUGUUUGUAGUUUCAGACAAGAACAAAUCUUGUUGAAGACUGUUUUUGUUUUUGUUAUUGUUGUUGUUGUAAUGGGUUUUGGAUGUAGUGUUACUGUUCUACUUGUUUUUUGUUUAUGGGGUGUUUUGAUCUCAGUUUCUGAUUCUACUAGGCUUGGUUCUUCAAGACAGAAGCUUGAGGUUAAUAAGCAUUUGAAUCGACUCAACAAAGCUCCUAUUAAGACCAUUGAGAGUCCAGAUGGGGAUAUAAUAGAUUGUGUGCCUAUUUCAAAGCAACCAGCUUUUGAUCAUCCAUUCCUCAAAGACCACAAAAUUCAGAUGAGACCUAAUUUCCACCCUGAAGGGCUUUUUGAGGAGAACAAGUUUGAUGAAAACAAAGCAAAAUCAAGUACUCCUAUUAAUCAACUAUGGCAUGCCAAUGGUAUGUGCUCCGAAGGCACAAUACCUAUUAGGAGAACAAAGGAGGAGGAUGUUUUAAGAGCAAGUUCAGUGAAAAGAUAUGGAAGGAAGAAGCAUAGGUCAAUCCCUAAGCCGAGGUCAGCAGACCCUGAUUUGGUUAACCAAAGUGGUCAUCAGCAUGCAAUAGCAUAUGUUGAAGGAGAAAAGUUCUACGGAGCAAAAGCUACUAUAAAUGUUUGGGAACCAAAGAUACAACAAACUAACGAGUUCAGCUUGUCUCAGCUUUGGGUAUUAGGAGGCUCAUUUGGUCAAGAUCUUAACAGCAUUGAAGCUGGCUGGCAGGUUAGUCCAGAUUUAUAUGGCGAUAACAACACACGGCUAUUCACCUACUGGACUAGUGAUGCAUAUCAAGCUACUGGCUGCUACAAUCUUCUUUGCUCAGGAUUUAUUCAAGUCAGCAGUAACAUAGCAAUGGGAGCAAGCAUUUCUCCAAUUUCUUCAUACCGAGAUUCCCAGUACGAUAUCAGCAUACUUAUCUGGAAGGAUCCGAAAGAGGGACACUGGUGGAUGCAGUUCGGGAACGAUGGCACUGUGAUGGGAUAUUGGCCAUCUUUCUUAUUCUCGUAUUUAGCUGAAAGUGCUACGAUGAUUGAAUGGGGAGGAGAAGUUGUUAAUUCUGAGCCUGAUGGUCAACACACAUCAACUCAAAUGGGAAGUGGUCAUUUUCCAGAAGAAGGAUUUGGCAAAGCAAGUUACUUCAGAAACAUUCAAGUAGUUGAUAGUUCCAAUAAUCUCAAAGCUCCAAAAGACCUUGGAACUUACACUGAAUAUCACAACUGUUAUGAUGUCCAAACAGGUAGUAAUGGAGAUUGGGGACAUUUCUUUUACUAUGGAGGACCUGGGAAAAAUCCAAAUUGUCAAUGAAAAAAAACCAUGUGUCUCUUGUAUCAUUCAAUCAAUUAAUCUUAGUAGUGUUAUUAAAUUAAGCCCUUCUCUUCUUCAAUCUUUGUAUACCUACCAACCCUUUUUCUGUAGUGGAAAGUUUUGACUGUUUUUUUAAUUUCAUAUUGAAAAGAUUCUCCAUAUAAGCAAUGUGGAGAAGUGUAGUGUGGUCAAGUUUCUCAAAAGGCUAAAGAAAAUGGCCCUUUAUAACAUCCUUGUAUUUUAUUUAGGGAGUGUUUGUCAAAUGUUGCAAUGGAAAUGGAGCUUUCUAGUGUUA